AUGGCGAUGGGCCGUGGCAGGUCAAGGACCUUUGCUGCCAGGCCUGGGGAAAGUUCUGAAACUGUAAAUGCUGGAAAUAAAGGUCUGCAUUUGACACCUCCCAUGAAACCUAAACCAAAUGUGUGCAUUGAGAGCAUGCCAUCAGAAGUAUUGCUGAAGAUAUUUUCCUAUUUGGAUGCUGUGUCUCUAUUGUCUGUUGGUUGUGUGAAUAAGCGCUUCUAUGAGCUGGCCAAUGACAACAGAGUUUGGAUGAAACUCUAUUCUGGUUCUUUGUGCCCAAAAUGGACCAUUUGGAAAAUGAAGUCUAAGCAAACAGAAACACUUUCUUUGGGCUGUGCUGCUGUAAAUGAUAAAAAGCCUGGGUACUGGAAGAAAGAAUACAUCUUCAAACAAACAUCGGUCUUCAAAACUAGAAUAAUGCGGCUUGUUAAAUUUCUAGAUCCUUAUACAGGUCUUCCAUGUAAAAACAAAGAAGCUAUGAAAGUCUCUGGCUUGUGUUGGAUAAUUGUUCUAAAAGACAAAAAUGGAAAAGAAUGUGUAGUAGAGAAGCCAAACCUAUCAUUUAAGGACACAUCUGUGACCAUACUUUGGUAUGGUACAGACUGGCCAUGUUUAAACAUCCUGUCAACCCUAAAACUGUUUGGAGUUACACCAUUGUUUCCUGACCAAAGCAGACCUCCCAACAAGAAUGGACCUCGUCGAUUUUCUUUGAUUGCUGAAUACCAUGUUGCUAACCUGACUGAAAAUAGCAUAGCAGUUGGUGCUGAUGAGCUUGUCCAGCUCUACAGUCUGAGUCCAGGAUUUUUAAUAGGAAUUUGGAAGGAGGAAAAUGAAAUUGCUUUUGUUAUGGCAAAUCUCCAUUAUAAUCAACUUCUUGAGAGAAGCAUUUUGGGUUCUGCUACUGUUCAAUAUGUUCCUCCACCUCAUAAACCUUUACUGGAUGAUACUGACUCAGAAUAUGGACUGCAUGACUACAGCCUGCAUCUUGAUCUGCAUGGCAGAAACUGCAUGUACCUGUGUGCAUCAUUCAAGUGCCUCUUCUGCAGAAAACGUGACAUUGAAAAUGGAUACCUGAGGCUCAGAGUUGUAAACUUAAAGGAUAAUAGGAAGCACUUGCCUGUUAUUGGGACACUUGGCAUAUGUUGGGAAACAGCUGUGUUUAAAGGCAAUGUAAAGGACUGCUUUGUGAUGGAUCUGACUCUCUUGGAUGAAACUGGAAAGCCCUUUUGGUGUUUUAGUGAUCCGGUCCGCAUGGAAUUGUCUACUGAGUCAUCUGGCCUUUAUGACUACAUGGGUCAUAUCUAUGCUGUAGACUAUUCAGAUAAAGAGGGUAAAGUAUGUCUUGAGAUUGUACGGUUGGAAGAAACCAAGGAAUAUAUUAUAGUCAGUUUGGUGCUUUAUGUAAGCACCAAGAAGGUAAAUAGCUGGUAUGGAACAAGCUACUGA